UUCUUUCUUCUGCAGCACCAGCCUGGAGUAAAGGAAUGCGCUGAACAAGUAGGAAAAUCCCAAAUGAUUAAAACCUACAAAGCAAGAAAAAUCAAACACGCAAAAUUCUUUUUGGUUCAAAGGUCGGUUUAUAAACUCUUGACCUACAUGAAAUGAAGCAUAUGGAACUGGACAUAUUGCAAUUUUUUUUUUUUUUUACUAUUUAUAGCGAACUUGUGCUCAUAAUUUCCUUGCACGUUAUGUGGUGAGGUCACGGAUUACGCCUACAGCAGGUUUAAUUUAAUUAAUUUGGCCAUUCUAAGCUGUCACCACGAUAAGUUUUGAGAUUAGGUCCAAGCAUGAGCAGGUUUAGUUGUGUAAUACAAAUAAAAAAUAGAUCUCAAGUUGUUUAGACUGAUUUUCCUGCAUAACUGGGCUUAUUGAAAGUGCUUCACAUCUACCUUUCUUGGCACUUUGCCGCCCACUAAACAUAGAAAGCUGAAAGCUCCUUAACUGCGAAACCUCUUAGAAGUUACUUUCUGUGAAUAGCAUACCCAAAGAUACUUAAAGAAAAUCCUUCUGAAGUAUUUAAUUCUAAAUAAGUCAUUACUUAAAACCUAAGUGUCUCUUCCAAGCGGAGGAGGUCUCACACACACUGUGCUCUUCUCUGAAGGAGGACCGACACACUGGGUUGUUGACUUUUCACAGGGCACAAGGGAUAAACCAAACGGAGUCAAGAUGUGUGAUAUGGGAGGACUGGAUAAUUUAAUUGCCAAUACGGCUUACUUGCAGGCUAGAAAAAGUUCAGAAUGUGAUGCCAAAGAAAUGCAGAAAAGGCGCAAGAGCCUGGCACUCCCUGCCUUGGAAAAGUGUGCGGAAGUGAAGGUGAACAUGGCGAUGGACUUUGAAAGUAUUUGUGUGCAGCAGCCAAUAGGAAAAAAGCUUUUCAGAAAGUUCACCGAGACUGUCCCCAACUACCAGGUGGCCGUUGACUUUCUGGAUGAAUUCACUGACUGGGAGCUGGCAGAAAGUGCCACCCGCGACAAACUCCGGCAAAACAUCACUACUAGCUUUUUAACUGCCGGCUCGAAGAACUUCAUCUCUUACGUGAGCCCAGAACUGGCUGAAAAGUGUAAAAAUGUGACAGAAAAAGAAUUUGAGCAAGUCAUGUCCCUGGCCAAAGAGGAGACCAACACUUUUCUGAAAGGCCAGCCCCUCAAGGAUUUCCAGGACAGCCCCCACUUUGAUAAAUUCUUACAGUGGAAAGGCUAUGAACGGCAGCCCAUCACUGAAAAGUAUUUUUAUGAAUUUAGGACUCUGGGCAAAGGAGGGUUCGGAGAGGUCUGUGCAAUUCAAGUGAAGGUUUCAGGACAAAUGUAUGCUUGCAAGAAGCUGGAUAAAAAGAGACUGAAGAAGAAGACUGGGGAAAAGAUGGCCCUUCUUGAAAAACAGAUCCUGGAGAAAGUCAACAGCCCAUUCAUUGUCAAACUGGCCUAUGCAUAUGAAACUAAAACCCACCUCUGUUUGGUGAUGAGCCUGAUGAAUGGAGGUGACCUGAAAUAUCACAUUUACAACAUGGGCGAGAGGGGAAUAGAGAUGAAGCGGGCCAUCUACUAUACAGCCCAGAUAACGUGCGGCUUAUUGCAUCUGCAUUCGAUCCAAAUCAUAUACAGAGACAUGAAACCGGAAAAUGUGCUUUUGGAUGAUAAUGGACAGUGCCGGUUAUCGGAUUUGGGGCUCGCAGUACAAGUCAGAGAAGGAAAGGAAAUCAAGCAGAAGGCUGGCACCAAUGGCUACAUGGCACCUGAGAUCCUGAAAGAAGAAAACUAUACCUACUCCGUGGACUGGUUUGCCCUGGGUUGCAGUGUUUAUGAGAUGAUUGCAGGGCGGACCCCUUUCAAGAACUUUAAGGAAAAAGUCAGUAAAGAUGAGGUAAAAAGGAGAACACAGGAAGAUGACGUCAAGUUUGAACAUUGCAACUUUGAUGAACCAACCAAGGAAAUCUGCAAACUGCUGCUAGCCAAAAAAGUGGAGGAUCGUCUUGGGAGCAGGGGGCAAAAUGAUGACCCAAGGAAGCACACCUGGUUUAAAACAAUAAACUUCCAAAGACUUGAGGCUGGUCUCAUCAAGCCACCGUUUGUGCCCGAUCCCUCUGUCGUUUAUGCAAAAGAAAUCGGUGACAUUGCAGAUUUUUCUGAAAUCCGGGGCAUCGAGUUUGAUGACAAGGAUAAGAAGUUCUUCAAGAAGUUUGCCACUGGUGCUGUCUCCAUCCCCUGGCAGGAAGAGAUCAUUAACAGCGGACUGUUUGAUGAGCUGAGUGACCCCAAUAGGAAAGAAAGCAAAGCUGGGAUAGGAGGAGGUGGGGAGUCAAAAUCAGGUGUGUGCCUGCUUCUAUGAAGGGGGGCCGCAGCAGCGUGUGAUGUAAACUCUAGCCUUUAGGAUU